GAAUCUUACACAUACAUCGUGUGCAAAACGAAUCGCACCCGCCCCAUCCAGGCAAAUUAAAAGCGCCCAGUUCAUAAGAAACUUCAUUUAUCCAGGGUGGGGCACCGCGCCUCGCUCGUUUCCGACGGCUUGACCGAUCCUCGCCUUCACUCCAGUGUCUCUCUCUCACUCACCAUCACCACCAUCGCAAACCAUGGCUCCUAAACGCGCCGCCGAGGGUACAUCCUCCUCAAAAGACCACCAAGUCAAGAAGCGCAAGGGCUUCGGACCAAACACCCUCCCCGAGGGCCCAUGGCGUAGAAAGGUCGAAAAGAAGAAAAUCGAGCUCAUCCACAAGGCCAAGAUCAAGAAGGCCUACGCAAAGAUUAAGGAGCGAGAACUCGCUUCUCGGGAGCCCUCCUCCUCAAAUGCGCAGCAGCCUGUCGCCGCGCUGGCAAAGGACAUCUCAAGCGAAGAUGAGCUCGACUCCCUCCAGGACCCCUCCAGCAAGACGGGCUCUCCCGCGCCGACCUCAGCACCAGCAGCGGCAACGGCCUCAUCAUCAGCAGUAGACACACCCACAGACUCAUCAUCAUCAACACCAGCACCAGCACCAGCAGCAACAGCAACAACCACGCCUCAACCCUCAAAAGAAGAAGUCCACCCCUCCCGCGCAGAAAUGCUCGAAAACGACGGCGAACCCCCCAACCCAAACACAAUCGCCGUCAAACGCAAGCACACGGCGGGAGAUUCAGCCGACGCCGACGCCGACGCCGACGCCACGGGGGCAACCGAGGACGCCGCGGGCGGCGACCGCUACGAACCCCGCCAGCAGCGCAGACCCCGCAAACCAGGCUACUACGAGAAGCAGCUCGCCCACGCCGAAAAGAAAAAGGCCGAAGCCGAGGCCCGCCGCGCCGAGAUCCAGCGCCGCCGCGAGGAGCGCGAGCGCAAGACGGCCGACCGCGAGCGGUACCGCCGGGCCAUGGCGAAGGCGCGCAAGGGGUCCGAGAACGGCGGGCAGCGCAGGCUGGGCAGGGAGAGCGCGCUGCUGCUGGAGAAGGUGAGGCGCAUGGUUGGGGAUUCAAAGUGAGGGGCCAAAACCCGAGAGAGAGAAAAAACAGGAUGGGAAGGAGCAGGUCAGACCUGACAAAUAGUCUGCCACGCCCUCAUGCAGAGCUUGAUACCACAUCGUAUAUAUCACUAUCACAUUGUUAGGGCACCACGGUUUAUAAAAGUUUCGGAUUGGCUUUGUUCA